UUUGUUUUCUCUCGACUGUAUUAUUUACUCAAAUGAUUGGGGAUGUAGCUACCAUGACAGAGGUGAGGGUGAUUAUUUGCCUCCUGGCUGAACUUGUCAUGACAUCUGCAGCCAUGAACUACUCAGCCCAGUGUGAAAACCUUUCUGAACUACAGACUAUCCGAGUGAUACAGGGAGAAGGACUGAGACAGACCUGCCCCAAUUUGGACUGCAGCAAGGAGACAAACAAUUCGUUUAUAUUUUGGUUCAAAAACUUAAGUGAUGGAAUCCAGCCAAUCACGAUGGAGGAAAAUGAGCGGGUCCAUUACCAUGGUUCUGUCUUGUACUUCCUGCCUUUGAGUCUGAAUGACACAGGCCAUUACAUCACCCAAAGGUGGUAUAAUGCAUCUGAGUGUGAAGAGUUUGAAACUAAAGUUGUCGUCUAUGAGAAGUUUCACACCGAUCAACUAUACAGAAACUUCUCUGAGCAAACAGACAUUCUGCCUCUUGGGUGUCCAGUGUGGCAAAACAAAGGAGAAAACAUCACCUGGUACAAGGAUUUCCAUCUGAUUCCUAACAACUUUGAUGACAAGUAUCAAGUUCACCUCCGAGCAGAAGAAGCUAAAGGGAUCUACACCUGUAUAUGCACAUGGGAACAUCAUGGUCACAUUUACAACACCAGUGGAUCCUUCCAGGUUCAAAGAAAAGUUCCAUCAGUUCGUUUCCCUCCAACCUUUCAAUAUCCCACCAACAACUCUGUGAUGUUUGUGGACCUGGGGGAAGAAGUGAAACUCAACUGCCUGGUGUUCUUUGGUACCAAUAUAGACAAUUGGGGAAGUGUUCACUGGAUGAAGAACAGACUCAUACUGAAGUCGGACGAAAGGGAAGAUGAUGAGGGAAUACUGUCAAGUUUGACAAUUAGUCAUGUUUCAGAGACAGACCUCAAAGUUAAAUAUUGUUGUGAAGCCAUAGAUCUUAAUGAAUGGAAGUCUGUAUGCAUCACCCUCAUGAUCAGAGAAUCACUCCUCCCAGUGACUGUCACAUUUUCAUGCAUGGGUCUGUUCCUUCUGCUGGCUGCUGGAUUGGUGAAGUGGUUCACUGUGGAUCUGAUCUUGUUUUUCAGAAGCUUCAGAAUAAUGCAAUGCAAAAGACAUGAUGGCAAAGUAUAUGAUGCAUAUGUGAUCUAUCAGAAGGAUGACACAGAUGAGGUAACAGGAAGGAAAGUUGCUUAUUUUGUCAGCAAAGUUUUACCAGCUGUAUUGGAGGAUGUCUGUGGCUUUAAACUCUACAUUCAUGGCAGAGAUGACUUACCUGGUGAAGAUUGCACUGAGCUUAUUCAGAUGAGAAUGCAGCAGAGCCGCAGGCUUAUAGCCGUGCUGUCUCCAAGAUUCAGUCAACAUCAAGGGGUCACAAACUCACUCAGUUAUGACUGGCAUGUAGGGCUGCACCAGGUGCUGGUUGAACAAGACCUGAGAGUGAUUCUGAUUCAACUUGGAGAUAUGAAGGAGUAUUCCCAUUUGCCCCUGGGGCUGCAGCAUCUCCUCCAGAAGACUCCACCCCUAAGGUGGGAUGAGGAGAGUGGCCGAGCGACUUGCCCCACCUCCUAUUUUUGGAAGCAGGUGCGCUACAUGAUGCCUGUUCCUCCAUACUCCAGCUCUCGAGGUGUUUACUUUUAAAUCUAAUAAGCACUGUUAAGCAUACUGGAGACACUUCUAUCUGAAAUCCUUAUAACUCACAAUACAGGACAGGAAUAUUAUCAUGUUAGACCAUGUUUGAAUUGUUGUAAGAACAUUUGACUGACAUUCAAUCUUUUAUUUGACAUGAAGCCUGUAUAUGAGUUAUACUAUUUAGCUUUUUUUCUUCCUCAUCAUAGUGGUCCUCUGACUAAAAUACUUAAACAUUUCCUGUAAGCAAUCCUAAAAUUGUAGCAGAAUGCUUUUACUUCAAAUUCUACUUUAAUCUGAGAAAAGUUUAUAGUAGACCAUAGUAACUGUACACUUAGACUUUCAAUAAUGUAAGAUAUAUUAUAGUGUAUGUAUAGAUUUAUACACUGAUCAGCCAUAACAUUGUGAGCACUGACAGGUGAAGUGAAUAUCAUUGCUUAUCUCAUUACAAUGGCAACUGUCAAGGGG